GUUGUUUAUAUCAUUAAUUUGUUAAAGAGAUGGUUUAUAUUAUUAAUACAACUCAUUAUUAUUGUUCAUAAUUAAUGUUAUAAACAUAUAACCGGCGAUAAUCUAUUAAUAUUAAUUUUUCUUUUUCUUUUUAAUGAAUCAAUGAGCUUUUAUUUUAUAAGCUGAGCGGAAGUUGUGUGCGCUGCUUCCUGUCUGGAGCUUGAUGUAUUCGUGAACUUUAAUAAUAAUCCCGUUGUUUUAUAACUCGUCAGUAUCUUGAGUUACUUUAGAGAACGGGGGUGUUUUUUACGCUGAGCGUCUUUACACCGGUCAGACGGAACCUCGUGAGCCCGGAGCCCGGAGCACAACACCGGCCACAGCUCAGGAGUCCGACCCGCCGCCCGCAGCCUCUCCUCCGGCCCCCGGAUGGCGCAGCCCCGCUAGCCGCUACCUAGCAGCAUGGACGCGGACCUGAACGCUAACAUCGGCCUCCAGGGCACCGGAGACCCGCAGCUGGACAAGGCCGUGCACCAGUGGCUCCGCUGGGACAGGAACCCGUGGACCCGGGCUCAGGUGGAGGCUCUGGUGGGGGGAGGAGCUCUGGAGGAGCUCAGGUCCAGACUGUGCAGCAGAAUGAGCUUCGGUACCGCGGGACUCAGAGCCCCCAUGGGAGCUGGAUUCAACCGGAUCAACGACCUCACCGUCAUCCAGUCCACACAGGGCCUGUUCUCCUACCUGAGCAGGUAUUUCCCAGACUUCGGCCGUAGGGGCGUGGUCGUCGGGUUCGACACCAGAGGGCAGGAGGCCAGCGGCUGCAGCAGCCUCAGGCUGGCGAAGCUGACGGCCGCUGUGGUCCUCAGCAGAGACGUCCCCGUCCACCUGUUCUCGUCCUACGUCCCCACGCCGUACGUGCCGUACGCUGUGAAGAAGCUUCAAGCUGCAGCCGGAGUCAUGAUCACAGCGUCUCACAACCCCAAGGAGGACAACGGAUACAAGGUGUACUGGUGUAAUGGGGCCCAGAUCUCGUCCCCUCAUGACAAGGAGAUCCUGCGGAGUAUUGAGGAGGAGCUGGAGCCCUGGAGCGUCUCCUGCUGGGACGAGGAGGUGGUGGAGCACUGUCCCCUGAGGACAGACCCCCUGUCUCACAUCAACAGCUGCUACAUGGAUGAGUUGUCCUCCCUCUGCUUUCACAGGGACCUGAACACCAGAUGUGCUCUGAAGUUUGUCCACUCGUCUUUCCACGGCGUGGGACAUGUCUUCGUCCAGCAGGCCUUCCAGGUCUUCGGCUUUGCUCCGCCCAUCGCUGUCCCCGAGCAGAGAGACCCCGACCCCGACUUCCCCACUGUCCGCUGCCCCAACCCCGAGGAGGGGGCGUCCGUCCUGGAACUUUCUCUUCUUCUGGCAGAAAAGGAGAACGCCCGCGUUGUCGUGGUGACCGACCCCGACGCCGACCGCCUGGCUGUCGCUGAAAACGUUGACGGGUGCGGCUGGAAGGUGUUCACAGGUAACGAGAUGGCGGCUCUGCUCGGCUGGUGGAUGUUCUUCAACUGGAAGGAGACGCAUCCAGAUCCAGGAGACACUCAGAACGUCUUCAUGUUGGCCACAACCGUGUCCUCCAAGAUCCUCCAGACGCUGGCUCGGAUAGAAGGGUUCAACUAUGAGGAAACUCUUCCUGGUUUUAAAUGGAUCGGGAACAGAAUCCACGAACUCUCUAAGACAGGAAACAGAGUCAUCUUCUCCUUUGAAGAAUCCAUCGGUUUCCUGUGUGGCAGCAUGGUUCCAGAGAAAGACGGCGUCAGCUGUGCAGUGGUUGUAGCUGAGAUGUCGUCAUAUCUUUACGAACAGAAGCUGAGUCUGAAGCAGCAGCUGCUCAACAUCUACCAGACGUACGGCUACCACAUGUCUCGGACGUCCUACGUGGUCUGCAACGACCCCCCCACCAUCCUCAAGAUCUUCGCUCGCAUCAGAAACUUCCACGGAGAAGGUUCAUACCCAGAGACGUGCGCCGGCGUCCGGAUUGUCCACGUCCGAGACGUCACCACGGGAUACGACAGUAGCCAGCCCGACUGCAAGUCUGUUCUUCCCGUGUCCAGGAGUGGUCAGAUGAUCACCUUCACGCUGCAGAAUGGCGUCGUGGCCACGCUGAGGACGAGCGGCACUGAGCCAAAGAUCAAAUUCUACUCUGAGCUCUGCGCUGCGCCGGGUAACAGUGAUGUGUCCUUCCUGGAGGCGGAGCUAAAAAAGGUCACGGACGCACUGGUUGACGACUUCCUGGAGCCAGAGAAGAACAACUUGAUUCGACGCUUCGUGUAGCCCCGCCCCCGCCCCCUCCCCCUCCAUCACCUUUCUGCUUCCUGUCGUGUGUGUUGGCCAAUCAGAGUAGCUGAUCAGAUCCGAGGUGUCGGUCAGUUUGUUUAAGUUUGUUAGAUUAGUUAAUUGUUAACCUGACACCUUGUUAAAUGAACUUUAUUCCUUAAUUGACUGAAUCAUUGUUAAAGAUGAACGCUGCUCUCUGAUUGGACCACAGUGAUGCAUUCUGGGAUUCUGCUCCACUUCCUGUUUCCCUGAUGAUUCUUUGUGUUUUUGUUUUGUGGCUGAAACCAAAAAGGUUCGUUCAGGUGUGAAAGCUGUGAACUUAUUUAUUUUUCUACUCAAACAGAGCAUCGUAGUUUGGUAUUUGUUGUUGGUCCUGAAGAAAGACGACAGAGUGAGACCUCGCUGUGAUGUUUCUCUGAUCUGAAAUAAACCUGAUGCAUUCAG